AAGACGUGUCGUCAACACAGUUUAAAUAUUUAUACGUUAAUUGUAAUUAAACAUACAGUGUAAUUUGAAACAAUGAAUAUAAAUGGUAUACGUAUUUGAGUUUUUUUGUGUUUUGUGAUACAAAAAAUUCCAGAACGUUUAUUGGACCAGAUUAUUUGUGUUAAUACAAUAUUACCGCUCAUUAAAAAAACAUCAAAGUAGAUAUUAUGGUGCUAAGUUUCAACAUUAUAGUGAUUAGAAGAAAACAGUGUGUACUCUUAUAAAGAUUAGUGCUAUGAAGUGUUACUGGAUUGUACUAUGGUCGCUAUGGGCAGGCCGACUGGUUCGGCAACCAACGUUACCCGUGCGCGUGCGCAGCGGUCUAGUACGCGGGUCAAUGGCAGCUGAUGGAACACAUAUUAGCUACCUGGGAGUACCGUACGCUUCUUACGAACAAAGAUUCCAGGUUUCUCGUCCGAGUCCACAAUGGGAAGAUACAUUAGAAGCGAUCGAGGAGAACAUUAGAUGUCCACAAAGAUUCUCCAAUAAUUUAAUUUUGGGAAAGGAAAACUGCCUCACGCUGAACGUUUACACCCCCGCACAACCAUCUAAUGAGCUACGUCCUGUAAUGGUUUAUAUCCAUGGCGGUGGAUUCAGAGAUGGCUCUGGUUCACCUUUUCUAUAUGGACCGGAUUAUUUAGUAAGACACGGUGUUAUUCUAGUCACAUUCAAUUAUAGACUUGAAGUAUUAGGAUUUCUAUGCCUCGGUAUCAAGGAAGCUCCUGGUAAUGUUGGUCUAAAAGACCAAGUUCAAGCCUUACUGUGGGUUCAGAAAAACAUCAAGGCGUUUGGUGGAGAUCCCAAAAAUGUAACGUUAUUCGGCGAAAGUGCUGGAUCAGCAUCUGUGCUUUACCAUAUUGUUUCACCAUUAUCCAAAGGACUCUUUCAAAAAGCAAUCAUGCAAAGCGGCUCAGCAAUGUCACCUUGGAGUUUACAAUAUGAGCCUAUAAAAACAGCAAGAGAAUUGGCGAAACAAAUGGGUUACAAUUUUGAAGACCCUCACCAAAUAUAUGAAUUAUUUCAAAGUAAAUCCACGAACGAGCUGCUUAGCACGCGAAUACCGAGACGUGAAGGUGACAUCGUACUAUCAGAGAACAUCUUCGUACCGUGCGUUGAAAAGAAAAUACCAAAUGAAGAACAAUUUAUUAGUGACGUACCAUUCAACUUAAUAUCCAAAGAAUUGUACAAUAAAAUUCCCAUAAUAACGGGAUAUAAUAGCGCCGAAGGCUAUAUGUUUGUUGGUAAAGAAAACGAUACUACGAAAAGUAAAUUCAAUUUCUACAGUGCGAUGCCCAGAGAUCUAGAAUUCUCCUUAGAUGAUGAUAAGAUGAAAACAGCAAUAAAUCUUCAAACGUUAUACAACGAUACUAGAAAUGAAGACGAUAUGUUAGUAAGAUUAUCAAAAUUCGAAGGUGACUCUGGUAUUAUAUACCCCGUAACUAUAACAACUGAAAUGCUUGCUAAAACUAAUAACUAUCCCGUUUAUGCAUACAAACUCAGCUAUGAUGGGUGGAUGAACAUCAUCAAAAUUCUAUUAAAGUUUUGGAAGUAUCCUGGUGCGACGCACGCUGAUGAUCUAUUUUAUAUGUUCAAGCUGAAAGUGACCUUACUGCAAUCGUUCAUUGAAAUGGAGACAAUUAAUAGGAUAACGACAAUGUGGACGAAUUUCGCUAAAUAUGGGGACCCAUCACCUGCGACGAGCCAGGGUCUACCGAUGAAAUGGCUCCCAGUUAACAAAAAUGACCCCCAUUUACUGGUUAUUGACAAAAUAUUUUCAAGUCAACCGCUGUGGGACGACGAGAAAUUAUUAUUCUGGAAUAAAACGUACACUAAGUUUAGAAGAAAGAAGUAAUUAACAGAUCUAAAAGACGUUUUAAGUAUAAGUUAUUUAAGUUUAAGUAGAAUAUUGAUAGAUACAUAU